AUGUCUUUGAGAUUAGUUUGUAACCAUCCUUUAUUAUUUUUGCAAAAAAAAAAAUUCGAAGUUCCUGAAAGAGAUAAAUUUUUGGAAGAAUUCAUUGAAAGUUCAAAUAAAUUGAAAUUUUUAUAAAGAAUAAUACCUAAAUUGAUUAGUAAUGGACAUAAAAUGUUAAUCUUUUCUUAAUUUACGAUGAUGUUGGAUAUUCUUGGUGAAUUUUUUAAGUUUAAAAGUUUGCCUUUUUAAAGACUAGAUGGAACUACUUCUGUAAUUGAAAGAUAGAAAAUUAUUGAUUAAUUCAAUUAAAAGGAUUCUUCAACGAAAAUAUUUAUUUUGUCCACCAGAGCAGGUGGAUUGGGUAUAAAUCUAACAGCGGCAGAUACUAUAUUCUUUACAGAUAGCGACUUUAAUCCCUAUAGGGAUGUUUAGGCGAUUUCUAGAGCUUAUAGAAUGGGUUAAACGGAAAAAGUGAAAGUUUAUAGACUAGUAAGUAAAUAUUCGGCUGAAGAGAGAAUCAUUGAGAUUGCUACUAGAAAGCUUUUAUUGGAAAGUAUAGUGAUAAAUCCAGUGAAUAAAUUUACUUCGGCAGAUUUCGAGAAUAUAUUAAAGAAUGGAACUUAUGAAAUGUUCAAUAAAAAUUUAGAAUAAAAAGAUGCUGAAUUCACAGAUGAAUAAAUAGAUGCUCUUAUAGGGAUUUUACCAGAUGAAGAUGUUUUGAAAUUCUAACUAUAUAAAUGGACUAAUUAUGAUGAUUUCUUAUUAAUUAAAUCUUUUUUGAAAUAAGGCUUUGGAAAUUGGCAAUAAAUAAUUUCGGAUGAUAAUUAAUUAUGGGAAUUUCCAAAGGAUUUGGGUUUUAAAGCAUUCGAAAUUUUAUUUAAGAAAUUCGAUGAAAAUAUUCAAAGAAAUAUUUAGGGUAUACCUUCAGAUAAAAUUAUGAAAUGGGUUAUUAUUAAAAUAUAAAAUAGAGCUAAUAAUUUAAUUAACUUAAUAAUUGAAAAAUAAAAAGAUUGA